AUGGAAUCAAACGGUAACGAAAUACAAGUGGCAGCCCGAAGAUUCUGGAACAUAGUACGAGGAAUGAUUCUAGUUUUAAGGAAAAACAUAUGCAACAAAAAGAAGCUAACCAUGUUCGAUUUCGACAUCAUGUUCAAACGCGGCAAACUCGCUGGAAAAAACAUCAUACACAACCUCGCCUUCCACAGCCAGUCUAAAGCCGGUGCUCGUUACCAUUUCCCUUCCCAACUCGGCCCUCAUCACGAAUACGAAUUCAGCUGCAGCAACACUCCCGCCCGUGUUUUCCCAUUCCCUUUCCGCAACAAGAACAACAACAACAACCACUUCUUCGCUUGCGCCCACGCCCCUGAAACCGCGGAUGACAUCCCCUGUUCCUCGGGUAGCUUCACGUUUAGCUCGUCAGAGCUGCUUGAAUCUCCGGCAGUGGCGGCGUUUCUUAAGAGUCCUAUGUUCUACAAUGCCAACUCAUCCCCUGCCCUGCCCGGAUUUGGCAGGACGCCGAUCUCGAGGCAGUUAAGGGUGACGGAUUCGCCGUACCCUGUUCAUGAUUUGGAGGAAAGUUGUCAUGUUGAUAAGGCGGCCGAAGAAUUCAUUCUUAAAUUUUAUGAACAUUUGAGGAAACAGGAUUCAAUGGCUAGGAAGAAGUGA